AUGGCCGGUCCCAAGCAGGAUACAGAUUCUGAAGAAAGUGGCAUAAAACAAGAAUGCCGAAUAUGUAACGAACUUGUAUCGCUCAGUGGCUUACGGGAUCAUAUUGCAGCUUGUACCGAGGCUUAUCCUAUAGCCAAAGAUGAAGUUGAAAUAUGUAUAGAGGAUGAGGAUGAUGAUUUGUUGUAUGAUCUCAGUAUCAGCCAUAUUAAUGCAUCAUAUGAUCCAAUCUUAGAGCCACCGGAUCCCACUAGUUCGAUUAGUUCGACAUUCACAAAUACACCUUUAACAUCUGCUUGGAGUCGACACAUUAGCGAUUACGUUAAUAUUGUGGAUGAAGACCCACUUUCUUCGGAUGAAGAUGAUGAAAUACAAGUUGCGUUGCAGCAGAGUUUGGUAGACUUGAACCGACCAAGUGACGAGAAUGCUGAUGUUGCAGCAAUGCAAGAUGGGGAUAGACAGUUCCAGAACAAGCUGCAUGAUGAGGUAGUAGAGAUUAUCAUUAGAAGAAAGAGGAUAUGGAAGAGCACCAUCGACACAAUUGGAAAGCAGAAGGAUUUUGACUUUCUGAAAUCACCACACAUCCAUUUGUCGGGAGAGGAAGGUGUCGAUUUCGGUGGCCCAAAACGUGAAUUGUUUGGGUACAGUGUUAAACAUACAAAUCGCAAUCCUUUGAAUGUUCAGGAGAAGAUUGAGGUAUCUGUGAUGCUUGAGGUUGAAUUGUAA